AUGUUCCCCUGGAUUCGACUCCCUCUCAUCAUCAACGCGCCCAUGAGUGGCGCCGCGACAGGCGAGCUGGCCGCCGCCGUCACCCGGGCAGGCGGACUUGGCCUGAUCGGCUGCGACCACCCGCAACGGCUGGAGCAGCACCUGCAGCGAGCCCGGGCGUUGCUGAACCAGACGGGGAUUGAACCAGUCCCCGGCGACGAGGCAGUCCCCGAAGGCAGUGGCAGUGGCAGUGCCAGUCCCCUGCCCGUUGGGGUGGGCGUGAUUGUGCUGGGUCUGCCCGUAUCCUCCUUCAUGCCGUUGGUGGCCCGCCACCGCCCAGCCGUGGUGUGGCUAUCGUUUGGGUCCCCCGACGACUUCUCGCGCUGGAGCGAAGGCAUCCGGCGCGCCUCUCCCCAAACCCAGGUCUGGGUGCAGGUGGGGAGCGUUUCGGCCGCCGUGGCCACGGUGCAGGCCUGUCGGCCGGACGCCGUGGUGCUGCAGGGGUCCGAUGCGGGGGGUCACGGCCACGCGCGCGGGUCGAGCAUCGUGACACUCCUGCCCGAGGUGGCGGACUCGCUGGCGGAGCAGAACCUGCUUGCAAGCACCCAGCUGAUUGCCGCCGGGGGCAUCAUGGACGGCCGCGGGGUUGCCGCGGCGCUGGCGCUGGGCGCGGCGGGCGUGGUGAUGGGAACCCGCUUUCUGGGGGCGGAGGAGACGCAGGUGCCGGACGCCUAUCGCCAGGAGAUUCUAGCGGCAUCGGACGGCGGGGAAUCCACGGCGCGGUCGCGUGUCUGGGAUGAGAUGUGGAGCGAGCAAGGGGAGUCGCCGUGGCCGGCGCUGUACGACGGGCGGUGUUUGAGGAACGCCUGUUCCGACGAGUGCGAGCAGGGGCUGUCGAUGGAGGAGAUCCGGGCCCGGCUGUAUGCCCGGGCGUCCAGGGGGGCCAGCGGCAGCCGCUACAGGGAUACCGGUAGUCUCUGGGCCGGCACAGGGGUUGGGCUGGUCAAACGGGUGCAAAAGGCCGGGGAUAUCGUCGAGCAGGUGCGGGAACAGGCCAGGGGGGUAGGCCACUUGUUGGAUAGGCUGCUAUGA